CAUCAACCUUUUUUAUUUUAAAAUGAGUUGAUGUAUUAUCAUCUUAGGCUCCAUUAUAAAUGGAGGUGCAUGGAUUCCAUUAACUUCCAAACAAACACAACAAAGAAAACAACCCAUUGACAUGGAUAUUUUCGCUUUCUUCCCUUCACCCCUUUAUUCAUCAGUAUCAAUUCUCUUAUUUUCUUCGAUCUUCAUAUAUGCCCUGCGAUGGAUGAAAACAUCCAAGGCUGCCCCUAACCUUCCCCCUAGCCCUCCUAAGCUUCCAAUAAUAGGAAACUUGCAUCAAGUGAUAGGUAAAAACUUCCAUCAAAUCCUAUGGAAAGUCUCACGAAAAUACGGCCCUAUUAUGACUGUCCAUUUAGGUGCCACACCAUACGUCAUCAUCUCUUCCAGUGAAUUUGCAAACCAGGCCUUAAAAACCCACGAUCAGAUACUUUGUAAUCGUCCACGUUCCAAGGGUUUCAAACGACUAACCUUCGACUACAUGGACGUUGCUUUCUCCCCUCAUGCUGAUCAAUGGAAGGAGAUGCGAAAGGUUUUGGUAACCGAGUUCUUAGGUUCUAAGAGGAGCAGACUGUUCAAAAAAGUGGUAGACACUGAGGUCAAGGGCAUGCUUGAUUCUUUUUCAUCAAUGCCUUUGAAUACUACCAUUGACCUAGACGAGAGGCUCUUUCAUCUUGUAACCGACAUUGUUAGCAAGGUUGCAGUGGGUAAGAGCUAUAGAGAAGAGACGUUUAGAGGUAAAAAGUUGAAAGAGAUGCUUGAUGAUCUGGUCAUCUCUCUUUGUGGCUCUGUUUCCGAUAUUUAUCCAGGUAGAUUAGGGUUGAUAUUAGACGAACUACUUGGGUUUAAUCGAAGGCUAGAAAAGACUUUCAGUAAUUUCGAUGCCUUUCUUCAAAUGGUUCUUGAUGAGCAUAUUGAUCAUACUGGAACAAGUGACCAUGAAAAAGAUAUGGUUGAUGUAUGCAGAUCUCAGUUGACUACAAACGAAAUGAAAGCCCUUUUGAUGAAUGUGCUAAAUGGAGCAAUUGACACAACUACUACGACAAUGGUGUGGACGAUGUCUGAGAUUAUUAAAAACCCUAGAGUUAUGAAAAAGCUACAAGAGGAAAUUCGAAGAUGCGUUGGAAGAAAAUCAAGCGUUGAGGAAUCAGAUGUUGCAAAUAUGCCAUACUUAAAGUUGGUGGUGAAGGAGGCGUUAAGAUUGCAUUCGACUGUUCCAUUCUUGCUUACAAGAGAAUGCGUAAAGCAUUGUCAGAUUGGUGGGUACGACAUCUUCCCUGGGACAAGAGUGUUGAUAAAUGCAUGGGGGAUAGGAAGGGAUCCAAAAGUGUGGAAAGAGACUGCAUCCAUCUUCAAUCCUGAGCGCUUAGAAAACCUUGAGUUGGAUCGUAGUGAGAUGAUUCCAUUUGGAGGGGGAAGAAGAGCCUGUCCAGCGGCAAGCGUUGCUACUCAGAUCGUAGAAUAUACGAUUGCAAACCUUUUUCACUCUUUUGAUUGGCAACUUCCAAGUGGAAUGAAGAACGAGGAACUGGACAUGGAAGAGGUAGGAUCCUUGAUUGUUGUUAGAAAAACGCCUCUUACCCUUGUGCCCGUGAAGUAUGAGUGGCAAGACUAGUAAUCGUCGAUUUUUGAUGUUAAGAAGAUUUUGAAAGUAAUAAGCAUGUGAUAAUUUUAUUUGGUUACCUCAAUAAGUUCAUUGAAUAUGGGGUUGUGGAUUAGUUGCUAGUGGCAGGUGGACCGAGUGGGGUGGGUUACUGUGUUUCCUUCUUUUGUUCUAUUUUUAUUAAUCUACGAUAAAUUGCGUCUAAUCAACUAAUUUGAAAGCUUUAGAACCAUGGUUUUAUUUAAUGUUUUGAGUUUGAAUGUGUCAUGGUAGCCCCAUAAACGUUAUUUUAUCUGUUAAUGUUAUUAUUGUACCAUGUUUGGAUCAUAUUUGGUUAUUAACAUUUUUUUCAUGGUUUUCCAUGUUUUAAAAUAUUCAAAAAGUAUUUCAAAAAGACCAUUACUAGAAGAAGAAAGUGCACAAACAAUUACAAAGAUGAUUUGACAUGAAAGGUGUUAUUUUUUGUUGCAAAAAUUAUCUACAUGUGAUUUGGGUUUUCAUAUCUUUUUCUGUUGAUUAUAUAUUUUCAUAAAUAAAUUUUUAACAUAUUUUUAUUAAUUAUUACUAUUAUUAUGACUUGUAAUUAAUCCCCUUCUCCAACCAUUCGAGACGUCUCAUAUCAUUAUUAAUGUAUUAUUGUAUUGUACAUUUAGAUAGUGUGUAUUUGUAUUUAGCGCAGCAGUUACUCAGCUCAUAGGACCCAUGUAAUCUUGUAUUUAAUCAUUGCUAUUAUAAUUCUUCUUCAUUGAGC